AUGGCCGAAGCCUACGAGCGCGAACAACAAAACAACGCCCUCCUCAACUCCCUCUCCUCGAAGGUUUCGGCGCUCAAGUCCGUGACGAUUGAUAUCUACGACAAUGCGAGGGAUCAGGAGACGUUGGACCAUUCGAACCAAGUCUUCUCCUCUCUGUCCACGAACCUCAAGGGCAGCGCCAGUCGGUUGACCCGCAUGGCGCGGCAGGGCGAUACGGUGGCUGUGCUGAAGGUCGCGGGCAUUGUAGUCGUGGCGGGCUUGCUGGUGUGGAUUGUUUUGGGGUGGGUUUUUUGA